GCAGGGACUCCCCUUGGCGAGCGCCGCCCCGUCUCCGACCAUAGGGUCACAAGACCCAGUCAGGUAUGGAUGAUCCGGAAAACAGCUCUUCAGAUGUUUCCACAGGUGACAAGAAACACCUGGACCCAUUAACAGAGCCGCAGACCACAGAGGAUACACAGCAGUCAUCAUCAGCCGAUGGAACAGACCCACAGGCUGCAGACUCAGAGACUCAGAAGAGUUCACAGUUCUCCAACAGUGACGAGGAAAAACCCUCACAGGAGGAUCUGAAAGUCAGUCAGCUGUCUCCCUCUCCUCCUCAGAGUGACACCACUGAAGCAAAGAUUCCAGCAAACAUGAAACCAGAGGAACUGACUGCGAGGCUUCAGGAACUGCAGGGGCUUAUACCAGAGGAUUGUAUGAAGGCUGCAGAACGUUUGGUGAAGGACUACGAUACAAAGAUCCCAGGAGAUUCAGAACAUCUCUCACAGUUCUUCACUUGUUUGAAGGACUUCAUGGAGUCAAACCAGAAAUCUGACAAAGGUGACAAGAAACACCUGGACCCAUUAACAGAGCCGCAGACCACAGAGGAUACACAGCAGUCAUCAUCAGCCGAUGGAACAGACCCACAGGCUGCAGACUCAGAGACUCAGAAGAGUUCACAGUUCUCCAACAGUGACGAGGAAAAACCCUCACAGGAGGAUCUGAAAGUCAGUCAGCUGUCUCCCUCUCCUCCUCAGAGUGACACCACUGAAGCAAAGAUUCCAGCAAACAUGAAACCAGAGGAACUGACUGCGAGGCUUCAGGAACUGCAGGGGCUUAUACCAGAGGAUUGUAUGAAGGCUGCAGAACGUUUGGUGAAGGACUACGAUACAAAGAUCCCAGGAGAUUCAGAACAUCUCUCACAGUUCUUCACUUGUUUGAAGGACUUCAUGGAGUCAAACCAGAAAUCUGACAAAGGUGACAAGAAACACCUGGACCCAUUAACAGAGCCGCAGACCACAGAGGAUACACAGCAGUCAUCAUCAGCCGAUGGAACAGACCCACAGGCUGCAGACUCAGAGACUCAGAAGAGUUCACAGUUCUCCAACAGUGACGAGGAAAAACCCUCACAGGAGGAUCUGAAAGUCAGUCAGCUGUCUCCCUCUCCUCCUCAGAGUGACACCACUGAAGCAAAGAUUCCAGCAAACAUGAAACCAGAGGAACUGACUGCGAGGCUUCAGGAACUGCAGGGGCUUAUACCAGAGGAUUGUAUGAAGGCUGCAGAACGUUUGGUGAAGGACUACGAUACAAAGAUCCCAGGAGAUUCAGAACAUCUCUCACAGUUCUUCACUUGUUUGAAGGACUUCAUGGAGUCAAACCAGAAAUCUGACAAAGGUGACAAGAAACACCUGGACCCAUUAACAGAGCCGCAGACCACAGAGGAUACACAGCAGUCAUCAUCAGCCGAUGGAACAGACCCACAGGCUGCAGACUCAGAGACUCAGAAGAGUUCACAGUUCUCCAACAGUGACGAGGAAAAACCCUCACAGGAGGAUCUGAAAGUCAGUCAGCUGUCUCCCUCUCCUCCUCAGAGUGACACCACUGAAGCAAAGAUUCCAGCAAACAUGAAACCAGAGGAACUGACUGCGAGGCUUCAGGAACUGCAGGGGCUUAUACCAGAGGAUUGUAUGAAGGCUGCAGAACGUUUGGUGAAGGACUACGAUACAAAGAUCCCAGGAGAUUCAGAACAUCUCUCACAGUUCUUCACUUGUUUGAAGGACUUCAUGGAGUCAAACCAGAAAUCUGACAAAGGUGACAAGAAACACCUGGACCCAUUAACAGAGCCGCAGACCACAGAGGAUACACAGCAGUCAUCAUCAGCCGAUGGAACAGACCCACAGGCUGCAGACUCAGAGACUCAGAAGAGUUCACAGUUCUCCAACAGUGACGAGGAAAAACCCUCACAGGAGGAUCUGAAAGUCAGUCAGCUGUCUCCCUCUCCUCCUCAGAGUGACACCACUGAAGCAAAGAUUCCAGCAAACAUGAAACCAGAGGAACUGACUGCGAGGCUUCAGGAACUGCAGGGGCUUAUACCAGAGGAUUGUAUGAAGGCUGCAGAACGUUUGGUGAAGGACUACGAUACAAAGAUCCCAGGAGAUUCAGAACAUCUCUCACAGUUCUUCACUUGUUUGAAGGACUUCAUGGAGUCAAACCAGAAAUCUGACAAAGGUGACAAGAAACACCUGGACCCAUUAACAGAGCCGCAGACCACAGAGGAUACACAGCAGUCAUCAUCAGCCGAUGGAACAGACCCACAGGCUGCAGACUCAGAGACUCAGAAGAGUUCACAGUUCUCCAACAGUGACGAGGAAAAACCCUCACAGGAGGAUCUGAAAGUCAGUCAGCUGUCUCCCUCUCCUCCUCAGAGUGACACCACUGAAGCAAAGAUUCCAGCAAACAUGAAACCAGAGGAACUGACUGCGAGGCUUCAGGAACUGCAGGGGCUUAUACCAGAGGAUUGUAUGAAGGCUGCAGAACGUUUGGUGAAGGACUACGAUACAAAGAUCCCAGGAGAUUCAGAACAUCUCUCACAGUUCUUCACUUGUUUGAAGGACUUCAUGGAGUCAAACCAGAAAUCUGACAAAGGUGACAAGAAACACCUGGACCCAUUAACAGAGCCGCAGACCACAGAGGAUACACAGCAGUCAUCAUCAGCCGAUGGAACAGACCCACAGGCUGCAGACUCAGAGACUCAGAGAUCCUCACAGGGAGACUCUCAGGAUUCUGGACAGAAGACAAAGGGGAUUUUAAAGUCACUCUUCUCUUGGUUAUUGCCAAAAUCUUCACGUCAUGUGAACAGAUCUGAUGACGCGCAGGAGGCUGCAGACUCAGAGACUCAGAGAUCCUCACAGGGAGACUCUCAGAAUUCUGGACAGAAGAGUUCACAGUUCUCCAACAGUGACGAGGAAAAACCCUCACAGGAGGAUCUGAAAGUCAGUCAGCUGUCUCCCUCUCCUCCUCAGAGUGACACCACUGAAGCAAAGAUUCCAGCAAACAUGAAACCAGAGGAACUGACUGCGAGGCUUCAGGAACUGCAGGGGCUUAUACCAGAGGAUUGUAUGAAGGCUGCAGAACGUUUGGUGAAGGACUACGAUACAAAGAUCCCAGGAGAUUCAGAACAUCUCUCACAGUUCUUCACUUGUUUGAAGGACUUCAUGGAGUCAAACCAGAAAUCUGACAAAGGAAAGAAACACAAGAGAACUCAUCUAGAAAAGUCUGGGAAACCCAAUCAACAAGUAAAGAACAGAGCAUUGUGGUAUCCAGUCACAGUGAAAGUCUUCUGUGAAGUUACUGGACAAACCUUUGGCGCUCAUGAGACGAUACUGCAGCAGGUGAAGAAAAAAGGCUUGACAUCAACACAGGUGAAGAUCACCACAGACCUGCAGGAAUGUGACGUCAUCAUCGUCUUCUGUCCAAUCGUAUCUCGUGCUGGAUCAGAUGUGAAGGCAGCCACGAGAAAUAUGUCAGGUAGUAAACCUAUCAUCCUGGUUCUGAUGCAUCACACCCGCAAACCAGAUCAUUCAACCGGGGGAAAGAUGUGGUCUGAAACCUUUCCAGGAAUCGUGUUGGAGGUUAAUGUUCUCUACCACGAGACUGAGAGUGGAUUACUGACAUGUUCAGAAAAUGAUAAGGCCAUCAAAAAAAUACGAAAAGAGCUGAAGAAACACCAGGUGUUGAGACUUUGACUUUCCGUUAGUGGUUUUCAUUCCUGAAAUUUGAACAAGGGCAACAAUCAAAUACUUUAAUCAGAGAGAUCAAUGGAUCAAUAAGUUAUAUUAUAUAUUAAAUAUACAUUACCAGUCAAAAGUGUGGACACCUUUUCAUUUUCUACUUUUUAUCACUUUCUACAUUGUAGAUUAAUAUUGAAGACAUCGAAACUAUGACAGAACACAUAUGGGAUUAUGUAGUGAACAAAAAAGUGUUUAACAAACCAGAAUAUGUUUUAGACUCUUUAAAGACGCCACUUUUUGCUUUGAUGACAGCUUUACACUCCUUUAGCAUCAAUCUCUAAAAUAUCUUGUAGAUACAUAAAAUAAAAAUGCCUUGAAUGAGUAGAAUAAAAAGUUGAUUAUAAAUCUUGGAUGUGAUAUAACGUAAUUAUGACCAAAAGUAAAAAAUGACGACAGUGAGAGUGUUUGUCUAUAAAUACAACAGCAGAAGCUGAGCAGCAGAUGUGGACACUGAGCUGUGUUUAGGUUCACCUCUUUCUGAAUGACCUCAGACACAUGUUUAAUAAUUGUACUGAUCAGAUCACACACAGUAAACUGACUGUCAGAGAUCUGAGAGGAGGUCAUUUCCUGUUUGUUAAACAUGGUGAACAUGUUAGAUGUGAUAAUGUCAUAAAUAAAAUGUUACAAAGCCACAACCAGUUUGUAUCUCAUCACCAUCUUUAAUGCCUCCCAUGAGUUUAUAGUAC